AUGAGUCUGCGGGGUGUUCAGUUGGGUCUCCGUGUGUGGGAGUUCCUAUGGACUCUGCUCAUCAUGGCCCUCGUCGGUAACAUGAUUGCCGAGUCAUUCGCGGGCAACCCGUCGACAGUCAACUACUCGAUGUAUGUGUCGGCAUUCUCGAUGCUCUCGCUCUUCUACCUGGUACCAGCCUCGUGGAACUCGGACUGGGCCAUCCACCCGAUCAUCAUGGUCGUGGUCGAUGUGCUCAACUGCGUGUUCUUCUUCUGCGCGGCUAUCGCGCUCGCCGCGAAGUUGACGUGCCACUCUUGCAGUAAUCAUUCAUACCUGGUCAGCAACGAAAUUACCAACGGCUCGCACAACAUGUCGAAGCGCUGCCGUGAAGCUCAAGCGACUGUGGCUUUCUUGUGGUUUGCCUGGGCUGGAUACAUGGCCUCUGUCAUCGUCUCCGUGUUCAUGUCCCGGUCAUCGACUGUCAACCUCCGUGGUCGCAGUGGUAGUCGCCGCCGCCCCAACAUGGCCCAAGUCUAA